AUGUCGAGCGAGCAACCAAUUCUGAAAGGUGGUCACCUGCCUGCGGUGAAGGCUGGGGGGAUGCGCAUAACACAGCAUAAGCCACCGAAGGAAGACAAACCGAAGGAGUCGAGAUCUUCUGACGAUGAAGAGUUCCCUGCGGGAUCGCCACCGAAACCUUCGCCACUUGUCAUAUCCGGGGCGGUCGUGAAAGGUGAUGCUGAUUUUCCGCCGGAGGCUAUUCAGAAAUUUCACAACAAGCCGGAGCCGAGCCAUGACGAUCGUCGCAACUCUGGCGCAUAUAAGUCCAUUAUUCACCAACCGAGGAAGUGA